AAAACGACAUCGUUGAUUGUCCUUUUAUGCUGGUCCAACCAGAACUGCCGUUGUCCGACAGCCUAAGUUCGACUUCGGCACUUUGCAAAUCCCAGUUCAUCCGAUAAUCCCAAACUUGAAACCUCUGCCAAAUACGAAAACCAGAAGCAGUUUCCGAGGGAAGAAGAUGGAGUUCUGGUGCGGGGGACACGUGGCGCUGAGUUUGGUGCUGGUGGGUUUUCUGGUUUUGUGCCAGUUGGAAGGGUCGUUAGGGUUAAGGUUCGUGAUUGACAGGGAAGAGUGCUUCUCCCAUGAUGCAAAGUACAUGGGAGACACCAUCCAUGUCUCUUUUGUGGUAAUCAAGGUGGAUUCGACUUGGCAUUACACCGAAGACGGCGUUGAUCUCGUGAUAAAGGGACCUGGUGGUGAACAAAUUCAUGACAUACGCGGCAAGACAAGCGAGAAGUAUGAGUUUGUGGUUCAGAAGCAAGGUGUUCACCAGUUCUGCUUCACGAACAAGUCUCCUUACCACGAAACUGUUGACUUUGAUGUACAUGCUGCUCACUUCACAUACUAUGACCAGCAUGCUAAAGACGAGCAUUUCACGCCCUUGCUGGAGCAGAUUCAAAAGUUGGAGGAAGCCCUCUAUAACAUCCAAUUCGAACAACAUUGGUUAGAAGCUGAGACUGACCGCCAAGCAAUAGUGAAUGAAGGAAUGAGCCGCAGAGCAACGCACAAGGCAUUGAUAGAAUCGGCAGCGCUUAUUGGAGCUAGCUGCCUCCAAGUUUUUCUUCUGAAACGUUUGUUUGAACGCAAGCUUGGAUCUUCUAGAGUUUAGAUUAGUCAGUUGCGUACUUGUUUUCGGGUAUUUACUGGUUGUAAUGUUAGAAAAUGGAAAGAAUAUUUAUAUACUGAAAUGUUACAAAACAGAAAAUGUACCAUUGGCUUCAGCUUUAAUAUUUUGAAGAUGUGUAUUUUUGCUUA